GAACCUGACCUGCAAGGGUAGGGUUCACUGGUGGGCGCCCCGCAUGACAUGGCUCAGGCCGCGGAGCCAGCCGCCGAAAGCCACUGCGGCGAUGGCCUCGGGGAGCGAUUUCAUCUCCGUCUUCGCGCGCGUGAAGCCCUCGGAGCAGCCCUCCGCCAGCGUCAGGCUGCCGCCAGGGGGCAAGUCGCUGGAUGUGCUGGUGGCGCGGGGCUCGGAGUCGGUGGAGAGCUUCUCGUAUCCCUUCACCGAGGUGUUCGGGCCGGACUCCUCGCAGCAGUGGGUCUUCGAUAGGGUGGCCCGGAGUCUAGUGACUGGAGCCCUGGACGGGGUCAACUGUACGCUGUUCGCGUAUGGCCAGACCGGCAGCGGCAAGACUUUCACGAUGUGCGGGGGGAAGGCCAACUACAUGCGCGACAGGGGCAUCAUCCCACGGACCCUGAGCUCUAUCUUCGACGGGAUCGACUCGCGCGACGAUGGGGUUCUCUACAGCGUUUCCAUGUCCAUGAUCGAGAUUUACAAGGAGGUGGGCAGGGACCUCCUGGCGAGGGUCGCGGCGGAUGCCAAUAGGGCGCUGCCUCCAGUCACGGUGUCGCUGCGGAAGGGCGAGGAGCCAGUCAUGAUCGGGGCCAAACGCGUGGCCCUUGCCUCCGAGGAGGACGGACUGCAGCAGUACUGUCAGGGCGAGGUGCACCGCGCCGUCGCGGAGACUGCACACAACCAGCGGUCUUCGCGCUCCCACUGCGUCUGCACGAUCUUCAUCGAGGCGUCCGACCCGGCCACGCAAACGGUGCGGACAUCGAAGAUACAGAUCGUGGACCUCGCAGGCUCGGAGCGGCUGAAGCCCUACGAGAAGGGCUCGCAGGAGACGAAGGGGCUGAUGAAUGAGGCCGUAGCCAUCAACCUCUCGCUGCACCACUUGUCCGAGGUGAUCACCGCCCUGGGCAAGAAGGCAAAGAUGGUGCCCCACAGGAACUCAUUCCUCACAAAGCUCCUCAAGGAUGCGCUGGGCGGGAACGCGAAAGCGGCGAUGGUGUGUACAGUGGAUCCAGCCGACGCGUCCCUCCCCGAGACGAUCAACUCCUGCCGAUUUGCACAGCGGGUCGCAAACGUGAGGACGGCCGCGAAGGUAAACGAGGAGCGAGACCCGCAGCUGCUCAUCGCCGAGCUGAGGCGGAGGAACGCCGAGCUGGAGGCGCUGGCCGCCGGCGGGGGGGCAGGCGACCCAGGAGAGCCGCCUGUCCCGGACGACCAGCUGAGGCGUCACCGGGUGGGUCCCAUGCCGCAGGGUGCCGUGGCGGCCUUCCGCCUGUUCCGGGAGCUCUUCUGGGAGCGCCUGCGCGCGGGCGGGCGCGCGGCCGACGCCAUCCCGGAGAGUGCGCGCGGCAGCCCCGCGCCGGAGCUCUGCGACGACGCGGAGCCGGCCUCCCAGGGCAGGUCCGGGGCGGGCGGCGGCGCGGAUCGCGCUGCGCUGGCCGAGUGCCAGGCGGAGUGCCGGAUGCUGCGCGCGGCGCUCGCGGCGCAGCCGCCGCCGCGGCCCACGCGGAAGGCGUCCGCGAACUCGUCCAGGGAGACGAAGCUUCAGACCAUCGCGGGCGAGUGCAAGAGGCUCAAGUCCGCGCUCGCGGCCCUCUCGUCGUCCGGAAGGGUACCGGCUCCGAGGACGCUGCUCGGUCCUGCCCUCGCCGCGGCGCUGGCGGAGCCCGCGGCUCCAGUGUCGGAGGAUGAGCUCGCAGCCUGCGGGAGCCGCUCCGGGGCCUACCGCGUGUUCCUGACGAAGGACCCUCGCGCUGGCGACAUCUGGCAGGUGGAGCUGCAGAGGCAGCGGACCACCAAGAGGGAGCUCAUGGAGGAGGCUAAGAGGCUGGGCGAGGAAGUCGGUGGCACCAGGGAUGCCAUGGACCAGGUGCAGGUGGCCCUUGACAGCCUCAAGGGAAAGCUUCGCGAGGCUGAGGAUGCGGCCAGCAUAGACUCGUUGGCUCGGCAGCGCGCGGACACGCUGCGCGGCCUCAUCGCCGCCGAGGAGCCCCGGAUAAAAGGGAUCCUGGAGGAGAAGAGCCAGAGCUACCAUCGCGGCAUGGGCCGGCUCAAGGAGAUAAAGCACGAGCUUAUCCAUGCCGACCAUGCCCAGAAGGAGCUGGAGGUGAUGGUGAAGGCGGAAUUCGAGCGCUGGCGCACCCUCGUGGACCAGAGGUACCCCCUGGAGAUCGCUGCCGCGACAGCCGCGGUGGCAGCCGUGGGUUCCGCCGAGGGGUCCGAGGAUGGCUCGCGGACGGGCGUUUCCGAACCGGCGACGCCUUCGUGA